AGUAACUUUUCAGUAACUGCCGCUUAUUCUACGGCACCUACUAUUCAAGCAUUUUAAGUUCAUAAAUUAAAUCUAGUCAAAAUGCCGAAAGAAUGUUUCGAUGGAAUAAGUGAUGCCACCUCUGAUGAAAACAAUCAAGACAACAGUGCGAUUAAUAGCAAUAGGAUUCAAGAAAUUGACCAAUUUUAUGCAAACAUUGACAGCAAGCUUCGAAAAUCUAUCCAAGAACUGGCUCAGGCUGUUAGAAGCGAUUCGAAGUCUUUCAAAUUGAAUGUAACUUGCUCAGGGUAUUUCAAAAAGACGCUUGAGACAGUUUUCAACUCGAUUAAUGACAAAAUGCAGGCUGAUGUGAAGUAUGCUGAAGCUUUAUUGUCGGAUACAGAUUAUGUGGCCUAUUCUGAGCAGUUCACAGUGCUAAUGGGCCAUGGAAGGGUCAAGGAGAAGCAAACGUACGCGGAGUGGAAAGAUCAGUUCGACGGGAUGAUCCAAGAAAUAGAAUCGAUGCAGAAGACUCUCACGGCACAAAUAACACAGAUGACCAAGUUUCUCGAACAGUAAAAAAUUAUUCAUCUAUCGAUGAGUUGAGAGAGAUCAAA